AUGAAGACUGCAACCAACAUCUACAUUUUCAACCUGGCUUUGGCGGAUGCCUUGGCCACCAGCACGCUGCCUUUCCAGAGCGCCAACUACCUGAUGAGCACCUGGGCGUUCGGAGAAAUCCUCUGCAAACUCAUCAUCGCCAUCGACUACUACAACAUGUUCACCAGUAUCUUCACCCUGACCAUGAUGAGUGUGGACCGCUACAUCGCCGUGUGCCACCCGGUGAGGGCGCUGGAGUUCCGGACGCCGGUCAAGGCCAAAAUGAUCAACGUGCUCAUAUGGGUUUUGUCGUCAGCCAUCGGCGUGCCUAUAAUGGUGAUGGCCGUGACCAAGACAGACAGCAAUGGUCGAACCAUGUGCAUGCUGAAGUUCCCUGAUCCCGACUGGUACUGGGACACCGUCACUAAGAUCUGUGUCUUCAUCUUCGCCUUCGUGGUCCCGGUUAUGGUCAUCACCAUCUGCUACGGCCUCAUGAUCCUGCGCCUGCGAAGCGUCCGUCUGCUGUCAGGCUCAAAGGAGAAGGACCGCAACAUGAGACGCAUCACCCGCAUGGUCCUGGUGAUCGUUGCAGCCUUUAUCAUCUGUUGGACCCCCAUCCAUAUCUUCAUCAUCGUCAAAACCAUGGUGAAGAUCGAGAAACGGAAUCCCUUUGUGAUCGCGAGCUGGCACCUCUGCAUCGCUCUGGGUUACACCAACAGCAGCCUCAACCCGGUCCUGUACGCCUUCUUGGACGAGAAUUUCAAACGCUGCUUCCGGGAUUUCUGCCUUCCGUGCCGAACUCGCAGUGAUGGGAAUAGCCUGAGCAGAGCAAGGAACGCCACCAGGGAACCCGUGUCCGUCUGCGGCCCAACGGAAGCUGCGAAGAAGCCCGCAUGA